AUUGGCUAUUCCAAACUUCACAAACAAACUAACACCACAAACAAACACACACUAUAAACUCGUACACAAAAACAUUCAUUUCUACCUCCUAAUAAACAAUACAAAGCAAAACUUCUCAAUCUCAUUCUUGCAAGUCGGAUAAAGAAGAUGGCAGCAGCCACUACACAAGCCUCCAUCACCAUUCUCCGGCCGUGCUCAUCCAAAACCCGGUUCUUAACCGGCUCGUCCGGAAAAUUGAAUCGGGAAGUGUCAAUUAGGCUAGCUGUCUCAUCCUUCAGCUCAUCACUCAAGGUUGAAGCCAAGAAAGGCGAAUGGCUACCCGGAUUGCCCUCUCCAACUUAUCUUGACGGCAGUCUCGCAGGAGACAACGGGUUUGACCCGUUGGGACUCGCCGAGGACCCAGAGAACCUUCAUUGGUUUAUCCAGGCUGAGCUCGUUAACGGGCGGUGGGCCAUGCUCGGUGUAGCUGGAAUGUUGCUCCCGGAAGUCCUGACCUCGGUCGGGCUCAUCAACGCCCCAAAGUGGUACGACGCUGGGAAGGCCGAGUACUUCGCCUCGUCAUCAACACUCUUUGUGAUCGAAUUUAUCCUAUUCCACUACGUCGAGAUCCGGAGGUGGCAAGACAUCAAAAACCCAGGAAGCGUCAACCAGGACCCGAUCUUCAAGAGCUACAGCUUGCCCCCAAAUUUUGAUAUUUCUCAUGAAUUUUAAAAUUGGUCUAAAAAAUCAUAAACUUUAUAUUUUGUUUGUUAUUUUCCAUGGCAACCCAAGUAAGACAUCUUCGGCAAAAAUCUUAUUAUAAGUGGGAAACCAUGAAAUAUUUAUGAUAUUUUAGAUUAUUUUUUAAGUUCGUUACGAGUAGGAUAAAAAUCAACGUGGAAAAUCACGUUGAUUUAAUAGUGCCAAGUAGAAUAAAAAAAAAUGCACGAGAGUUGGUUAGAUAUGGUGAUUGACCUGCCAUGGGAAAUAACAAACAAAAUGUAAAGUUUGUAAUAUUUUAGACCAAUUUUAAAGUUCAUGGAAAAUACCAAAAUUUGAUCAAA